AUGCCAGCAAAAGAACCCUUUCCGGAGUCGACCCUGACUGCUUCCGAUUCAAAGAAAAAUCAAAUGGAUGAUGAUGAUGAUUCGGGAAAAGAAGAAGACAAUAUUAAUAGCUUUUCAGCGUCAACAAAGCUAUUGGAGAAACGAAAGGAGAUGAUGGAUGUUCAAGGAUUGCUUGAACAAAAAAGAAAUGAGUACUCAACAAGAAUGGAUCUCAUCAAGAAGAAGGAGAAACAUCUACUCACUAAAAAACAGGAGCUCACAGAAAACGUGAAAGAGCUUGAUAAAUUCAUUGGAGAUAACAUUAUCAAGAAAAAGAGAGCUGACCAAAAAAAAGAUAUGGAGCAAAGCGAAAGAUUGAAGAGCGAAAAGACAAUACUCGAAUGUAGAAAUCAAAUUAAAGAGCUAGAAAAAGAAAAAGAGCGAAAAGAACAUCAACUCAACACAAAUUACAUCAAAUACCAACAAUUCUUGCAAAAAGUGGUUCAAUUUAGAGGUGAGGAUAUUAACCCUGAAGAUGUAGAGAAAGUCAUCGAUCGUUACAUGACACUAAAAGAAAAGAAUGAAGAACUUAGCAAUGAAAAAUCUAAAUUUUCGUUAAAGCUUGCAAGAGAAAAAAACAAAUUAAUGGAAGAAAAGGAAGCAAUGAAAAACAAGAAAGUUAAACUUAAUCAUAUGAUUUCAAAGCUUGGAAAACAAUUGGAAAUGUUAGUUGAUGAAAGAAACAAGCUUGACUCUCACUUUGAUCUCAAAUCGUCUACGGCAACCAGAGAUAAAAGACAGUUUGGCCAAAUUGAAAUGGCAAUCAAUAACCUGUACAACAGAGUGACAACAACUGGAGGAUCUCGCAUUCCCAGACAUUGCAAGAUUACUGUAACAAACACUCAAGCACUUAACGAAAUGUAUGGAUCUAAUGUCAUUAUGACCAAGCUUUUGACAGGCUCUGGAAAUGGAGCAGCCGAAGUGACCAUAGAAAGUUACAAAAGGUUCAACAACAUGGAGGUUCUUAUGAAAAUGAUGAAAGUUAUUGGUGAUUGUCUUUCUGACUACUCAUUACUCGUUGACCAUUUGAGAAAGAUGCCUGAGAAAGAAAGAGAAGCACACAAGAAGCAAAAGACAUAA